UUUCCCCGAAUGUCGGAAAGAAAAAGCAGGAGAACUCAUAAGAAUUCUAGAGACGGGUGUCCAAACUGUAAAGCCAAAAGGAUAAAAUGUUCCGAAGAACUACCGUCAUGUCAUAAUUGUAUCAAGAAAAACUAUCGUUGUGGGUACUUGGAUUUUCCCAAGGAGAAAUUGGACCACAUCAGAAAGAAGAAUGAUAAGAAAUCUAAAGAACAAGACGAGAAUACUAAAGAAGAACUGUCAUCAAAUUUACAAACAGAUCCAACCACCUUCGCAUUUCAUAAACAAAAUCACGGUUUAUCAUCCGACAACAACAGCACUUCCAGUAAUGGUACAUCAAAUUCCAAUGCAAAUAAUGCAACCAAUCCUCCACAUGAUAUUUUUGCAGAUCUAUCUCCAUUGAAUCAGGACUCCUUCGAAAAUAACGAAUUUUGUCUUACGAGGGAUGACCUACGUGUUGCUUUGUAUAGGGAUUCCUUUCAUAAGUUGACAAGUUACGAUGUAAGUUCUGCAGGAGCCUUUGUCAACGAACACCCGCACUAUGGACACCAUGAUGAGAUCAAUUCCAAUGGUCAGCUGAAAACUUCGGAUAAUGACGACAAUUCAAGUUCCAACAGCUUCGAAAAUUCCCAACUCAAUCUCAGCCGUCACAUCAAGACCGCAAAUGAAAAUGUGGAGAUUGAAGAAUUAGAAGAUUUAACUCCUUUGGAUCAUCAUAGUAUUUUUCAUCCUUAUCCACCACCCUCGCAUCCUGCUUCGCCACCAGGAACUCCACUUGCGAACGCUAUAUCGCAAAUUUUAACUGUAAACAAGUUGAAGAAGACUAAAAGACUUAGGAAUGGAUACUUGAAAAGGUAUUUAAAACAACCUGAUAGAAGUUUUAAAUCCUUGAGCAACACCGAAUUUCGUCUACCUCAUUUGCCGGUUUGGCGAAGUGACUAUGUUGACCAAUUUUGGAUAUCAGUUUUUAAUCAGAGUAUCAUUAUUAAAGUAUACUAUUCAUUCUUUAUGGACAAAUCCAUAAAUAUACUUCUUAAAGUUUGCAAUAAGGCAAUCAACACUGGAAAUAGCUCUACUUCAUUUACAAAGAAGGAUUUGGAUAUUUUGACCAAAAAAUCAUAUACCUAUUACGGUUUGUUAAUACGAGAUCUUCGUGAAUCAAUUACAGAGAUUCAUAUAGAGUAUCCUAUUAAGAUUUCCUUAUACGCAGCAUGGUCAACCUUUUUGCAUUUGCAUACUAAUAUGGAGACUUUGUGUUUAAUGUUCACUGGAACUGCUUCUCUAUUUGGGAAGAUUGUUAAUGAUGCAAAAUCUGUGAACGACAUCACUCACACAUUGCAAAUUUCAAUACAAGCAUUCAAUGAUAACACGAAUACUUGUUUAGUUCCCGAUUACAAAUUUGAUGUCAUUAAGGAUUUGUAUCAAGAUCUUCUCCAUUUCAAGUCCUUCAUUGUUAAUAAUCAAUCACUAACAAGCCCGAAUAAUGUCCACAUAUUAAGGAAUUUCUUGGAGCUUGAAUCGUUCAUGAAGAAUCUCAUCGAAUGCGUUUACCCUAGGAUCAUGUACAUCAAUAGUUACUACAAGCUUGUCAACAACGUCGACGAUGAUUCGGACAACAUUAUUUUCACUUCUCCAAGUUUGUUUUUUGAAAUGUUGGCUGAUUGGUUUGAUAUAUUUCCUAGCGAAGCUGUCUCAAUUGGUUCUAAAAUGAAGCCAUUGAGAAAAACUUUUUAUUUGUUUUAUGUUGCUAUUGGAAGAGCAUUACUUAAUGUUUUCUCACCCAUUAGAAGCAUGCUAUUGAUUGAUACUGUACAUGUUAUACACCCAAAAGUCGACUUCAAUUGCAACCUCUACCGUAUUGGCAUUGAUGAGGUGGAGUCAAAGGAUCAAUUUUUUUUCUUAAGGAAUCUUUCCCAUAAGCUUAUGAGAACCGUUAUUUUCUUCAACAAUAGGACUGAAUUGCUCUGCUAUUAUUUGUCCACAAAGACUGUUUUGAACCGUACAGACUCGCAAUCCUAUUUGAUGAGCAUCGACGCAAAGCACAACCUCUCUGAAGUUCAUUAUCAAGAUAUCGUGAAGUUUUUGCCUCAAAAGUUGGAAAUUGAUGAAAUAAUGUUGAGCAGCCUAGGUCCAGAAACUACAAUUAAUUAUUAUAAUUAUCCACUUUUGAAGAGUUUGCUAUUGGGAAUAGACGAUAAUCCAAUAAAUCGUACAAAGGUUUUAAGGGAAUUGAUAGAGAAGCAGGAGAAUUUGCAUGGUUCGUUUAAUUACAGAAGUGGAAUAUUUGAGCUGGAUUUCGACAUUUCGGAACCUAUCGAUUAUUAUAGACAAUCACAGCAACCAAAUUGGUCCAUUUCGAAUUGGUCAAUUGAAGAAACAAGGUUGAGAAUUUCGAAUUUCGAUUGUUCAAGAAGGCAAAUUGCUAAAAGCGUC